AGGGAUUUUCGCGCUGGACUAUAAACAAAGAAAAUGUCGGUGUGUAGUUCGUAGCUGUGCUGUUCUCGACGCUGCAGACGGAAGGUGAAAGCUCGUGUCGGUGAUAUCGAAGAUCAUUCGGGCCGCUGGAGGCUGAACUCUGAGCAGCAGUGACACCAUGGUGCUGAAGAUUUUCUUCCCACAGUGCUGUAACCGGGCCGACAGCGGGCUGCUGGUGGGCCGCUGGAUCGCCAAUAAUGACUCGGCCGUGGUGCUGGCGGUCAUCCACUACCCGUUCAUUUCUGGACAGGUCAAACAGUACAUCCAGAAGAUGCAGGCUCAGAGUGGUGUGGAGCUGUCGGUGUUGGGUUCUUGGAGUUUACCCAAAGAGGGUCAGGAGGGCAUGGAGAGCUUCCUCGUAGACCUCAGCACCAUCUUCCCUCAUGAGCGCUGGCUCCAGAUUAGUCGCCAGGUGGGCAAGACGGGCUUCAUCUGUAACGUCCUCCUUCGGGAUCAGAAUGGAAUUGCAUCUCAGCAGAAGGUAAAGAAGAAGAGGGAUGAAGAGGAUGAGAAGACUGAUGGUAGGGAGGAGGAAGGGGAAGAGGAGAAGGUGAUCUUCGUCCACUACGAGCAGAGGAAGGUGAUGCUGUCGGAGCUUCACCCCGUCCAGAAUGGAGUUCCUGACCCCAAAACUGAUCCUCCAUCUGAGCUUAGACAGAUGUUCCACACGGUGGCUCACAGUCAGCCUCUGUUCUUCAUAGAUAGAUACGACGACGGGCCGCUCAAGACGACUCACUGGCAGUCUGAAGGUCGAGAGGGCAGCAUUAUUGUGGAGCUGCUCAAACAAGCUUCUGUCCCGCUCUGCAUGCUCAUCACGUGGCUGUUGUCCAUGUGGACGUGGAUCUGCAUCAUCCGCAUCUUCAGCUGGUACCCACUCCGCUUCCUGGGCAGUAAACUGUCCACAUGUGUCCAACUCAACUAUAGAACCGAACACAUGAGGACUAUCAGCUCAACCAAACCAGCUGCAGGACACUCACCCUUCAUGAGAAAAGCCAACAUCGUGGUGUCAAUCUUGGUGGACGUGGCUCUCGGCCUGCUGCUCAUCUCUUGGCUCUACAGAGACAACCACAUCACCAUGUUAGCAAACAUGCUGGUGCCCGCGGCAGAUCAUGUGGCCAAAGAGCUGGAUGAGCUGCUGCAGUGGCUGAUGGGAGCUCCUGCUGGGCUGAAGAUGAAUCGGGCCCUGGAUCAGGUUCUGGGACGCUUCUUCCUCUACCACAUUCACCUGUGGAUCAGCUACAUCCACCUGAUGUCUCCGUUCGUUGAGGGGAUCCUCUGGUACGGGGGCCUGUCCGCCUGCCUGGGCCUGACCUUUGCCCUCUCGCUGCUCUCAGAUAUGGUGGCCCUCCUCACCUUGCAUAUCUACUGCUUCUAUGUCUACGGAGCCAGAUUGUACUGUCUCAAGAUCUACGGCCUCUCGUCUCUCUGGAGGCUCUUCAGAGGGAAGAAAUGGAACGUCCUGCGUCAGAGAGUGGAUUCCUGCUCCUAUGACCUGGACCAGCUCUUCAUUGGAACACUGCUCUUCACCAUCCUGCUCUUCCUGCUUCCCACAACAGCGCUCUACUACCUAGUCUUCACUCUGUUGCGGUUGCUGGUGGUGCUUCUCCAGGGUGUCCUCCACCUCAGUGUGGAUUUCCUCAACUCCUUCCCGCUGUUCGCUAUGGCCCUCCGCAUCUGUCGGUCCUACAGACUGGCAGAAGGUGUAAAGUUCCGGGUCCUGUGUGAAGAACCUGGUACGGCCCUUCACCUAAUGAUGGAGAUUAACCCUCUGAAGUGCAGCACAGUGGUUCAGACCUACCGCACUCCCACUUACAGCUGUUACCCAAAAGACUCAUGGGCAGCGCUGGUCAAGAAACUCUUUGUCGGGGAGCUGAUUUACCCCUGGAGACACAAAACCACCAAGACUGACUAAGAGACACUCACCAGAUGCGUGCGCGUGCGUGCCUGCGUGCGUGCGUGCGUGCGUGCGUGCGUGCGUGCGUGCGUGCGUGCGUGCGUGUGUGUGUGUGUGGUAGAGGUGAGGGAAGGACGGAAAGGGAAGAGACUGAAUAAAUAGUGAGAUGGAAACAGACAGAUGGAGGCAGAGGUGAAACUAGAACAAAGACCUGUCGGUUACAUGGAAGGACGUCAGUGAGAAAGAUUUAACUGCCAAGUAUUCAAACGUUUAAUUCUCUGAAAUCGUGUUUUAGAGCAUAAGGAUGUCAAACACAAGAUUUAAACCGGAAGUAAUUGUAUCCUUCCGUAAUUAUAAAAUUAUUUCCAGUGUACAUGGUAAACAAAUCCUUUUUUUAAUGAUUUUUAAUUGUAGUAAAAACAUUCCCUUUAAAUGACUAAAUAUAUUUAUUAGAAAUCAGUCUCAAUGAGUAAACAGGCAACUGAAAGCUGACUGUAAAUGGUACUUUUCCAAGGACACCUUGAUUUCUUCAGCUCACGACUAAAAUACAGAACAACAGCAGAAAAAAACAGUUUUUUAAUAUGUUGGAAUAUGAAGAAAAAAUAUAAUAACAACUUUAUUUAAAAAUCUGCAGAUAAAAUACAAAGGUGUCUUACCACUCUUAAAUGAUUUGAAAAGAGUUUAGAUGUUUUUCACUUUGAUUUGUUAAAUUCUUUGUAUGACAAGCAAAUAUACAGCAUUUAGUUCACGCUAUAGACAUCUGAGCUCUUAAAUAUUAAGGGAGACCUAUGAUGAUUUUCAGUAUUUUCUUGUAUCGCCCAGUGCUUAGUGUGUAAUAUAGAUUUUUUUUUUCCUCAAUGUAAAUGUUUGGCAGAGUUAAACAGCCCAAAGUCUAAAGAGGGAUCCCCUCCACCACAGAAAACACUGAACCUCCUGAAAGACCUCACCAGCAGUCCAGACCACACUACAGCAUCAUUGUGAUUUCUGGCAUGCCCCCUUACACAGCCAGGUCAGAAGAUGACAUUGCCUUUCGCACUGGAAGUGGUUGACCAAUCACAACAUAGUGGGCCAUGGGCAUUGAGAUCAAGUGGCAGAAGUGAACAGCCUGGGUCAACUUACACACCAGAAUCCUACUUCAGGGAUUUGUGUAUUAACUGCACUGAGUGUGUAGAUAUAUUUAACUGUUUAACUGGACUAACUGAUUUUUAAUAUUAUUUUAAAUACAUUUUUUUAUUCUUAAGAGUUGUGUUCAAAAAGCAUUAUUUAUGUUUUAGGUUUAUUUGUUGCCUUAUCUCUCAAUUUUACUUUGAGAAAUGAAUGUGGCUCUUGAGAGUCAGUUAGAGAUAGAAAUGAACUUUAUGGGUUAUGAUAUAAGGCAAAUUAACUGAUUCAACUUUUGACUGUUUUUAAUUUAUUUGUGACUAUUCCUUAAUCUUAAUUAAAUUAAUUGUGUUCUUAUUAUUAAAUCCUCCAAUGAUAUAAAUCCAAUGUAUUAAAUGUUAUAUUGUCAUUUAAUAAAAUCAUUUAAUAUUA